AUGGCAUCGAGGGUUAGGGUGGCGCCAUGUGGCGCCAGGUGUCGAUCGAACCAAGCUAUGGUUCGGUCGAGGAGUUUGGCGAACCAUAUUGAGAGCACGAAGAGAUCGGUUUUGUUGCCGGGGAGUUGUUGGAAGCCGAAGGCGAAGUCUCCGGAAGGCGAAAGCCAUGGCUUGGAGUUUUGGUCUGCAGUGAUUGAGGAUCCAAUGGAUAUGGCCUUUGAACCCAAAGCCGUCUCAUUUCUCCCAUUAGACAAAGGCAGCCGCUUUUUCCAGCAGCUCAGGCUCCUAAAUAUAGCCGCCCCACAAAACUCAUCCCUCAUACAAGCAUCCCUGCACUCCCCCACCGUGCUCGUCCACAUCCGAAAUCUCCACCAGCUCACAAUCGCCCGAGCCACCCUGAGUACAACUCUUCCCCGAACAUUCGGGCCUGCAAUCUCCAUAUCGGUUAUUCGGGUCAACCAGCGUAAACCCUCUCGGACAGCGGCAAACGGGCCUCCAAUUCACGAGAUUGCACACACUGUUAUACCCGCAGGCCCCACUGCCCGUGUCGCCAUAGAUAUCGAGACAAAUGUUGUGAUCCGGUAA